UGUCUGUCUUAAACUCGUAUCGAAAGACAGUAGACUGUAGUCACUGUAGAAACAGUAAAAUCAGUCGAGCCGUCGUAGUGACAGUGGCACACGAUGCGCGGUAACAUUUUGUUCAAGCUAUGAAGAGGGUGUUAAACAACCGUAAGGGUUAAUCAAUUCCCCAAGGCCGGCCGUAUGAUACGCCGAUACCGGUCUUUAAAUUAUAAAUCCCACAAAUUGUUGGAUUACUUUUUCUCUUUUGCUAUUCUUCGCUUCAUGCGGAUAGCGCCGAGCAGCCACAAUACCUACGGAGAUCCGACUUCUACCUCAAUUACGUAGAAAAGUGCAGUUGUUUCUAAAUUUUAACCGCUGCAGUCAGUGGUUGCACAUUUUACAACAAUCGCGCUCGGCAAAUGAUGGCUGAUGAUUCGAGCGUUCGAGUGGCCGUCAGGAUACGGCCUCAGGUUGCUCGUGAGGUUAUAGACAUGUGCAGAGUAUGUACACAGGUACCGCCGGGAGAGCCGCAGGUUUUUCUUGGCCCGGACAAAGCUUUCACGUAUGAUCAUGUUUUUGAUACUGGUGUCGGACAAAAUACCAUAUAUGAGGCUUGUGUUGCACGUCUGGUGGACGGUGCUCUAGAUGGCUACAACGCUACUGUUCUUGCUUAUGGUCAAACUGGCUCUGGAAAAACCUACACCAUGGGAACAGGUUUCGAUGUCGAAGUAGACGACAGUGUGAUCGGCAUCAUUCCUAGAGCCAUUACACAGUUAUACAAUGGGAUAUUAGAAAAGCAAGAGCGUGCCAGAGAACGUGGGCAAAUGCCACCAGAGUUUAAGGUGACGGCACAAUUUCUCGAAUUAUACAACGAAGAACUCAAGGAUUUAUUAGAGCCAGGUGGUCCAAGGGGAGGAGCUCGUAUUCACGAAGACACUACAGGAAGUAUUCAUUUGACAGGUGUAGAGCCAAGAAUUGUGACGAGUCCGGAAGAUGCUUUGGAGUGUUUGCGACUUGGAGCUCUCUCUCGCACAACUGGCUCAACGCAAAUGAAUACACAGUCUUCAAGGUCCCAUGCAAUAUUUACACUGCAUGUCAAACAGCAACGUUGUGUAAAAGUUGAAGACCCUGAUGCAGACGUUGACACUAGCGGCACCGAACCUGCUAGUGAGUUUGAAACACUAACUGCUAAGUUUCAUUUUGUCGACUUGGCAGGGUCAGAAAGACUUAAACGAACUGGAGCUACCGGAGAAAGAGCUAAAGAAGGAAUUUCUAUCAAUUGUGGCUUGUUGGCACUUGGUAAUGUAAUCUCAGCCCUUGGAGAUACAACGAAAAAAGCCCUCCAUGUUCCGUAUCGAGAUUCCAAGCUAACGAGGCUGCUGCAGGACUCGCUGGGUGGAAAUAGCCAAACGGUUAUGAUAGCAUGUGUCUCGCCCAGUGAUCGUGAUUUCAUGGAAACACUGAGUACUUUGAAAUAUGCUAAUAGAGCAAGAAACAUAAAGAACAAAGUGACAAUAAAUCAAGACAAAAGUUCGCGAACAAUUGCUUCUCUUCGCAGAGAAAUACAGCAGCUACAACUUGAAUUAAUGGAGUACAGGCAGGGCAAGAGAGUGGUCGGUGAGGAUGGUGUGAACGAUGCUUGGCACGAGAAUCAAAUGCUGAACAGUGAAUUGACCAGUCUUCGUACUAGAGUCAAAGCUCUUUCUGAAACUGUGGAAGCUCUUACAGCCAAGAAUGCUCUUCUAUUAGCAGAGAAAGCAGCAGGUCAUUGGCUAGCAUCCGGAGGAAGUGGCAGUGAUGAUGUGACCAGCUUAGUGCAAGGCUAUUUGCAAGAAAUAGAAGAACUGCGAGCUCGACUACUCGAAGCAGAGGCGAUGUAUCAGCAGUUGAAAAAACGACAAGUUCAGGUUAAUGCAGCUAAUAUGUAUGGUGAACCCUCCUAUGUAUUUCAUAACGACUCUUCUGCUGUCCUGGCAGAAGCUAAGAAAGAACUUCAGAAAGAAAUUAACACGUUGGCAGCAUUAAAAGAGCAGCAUACACCUAAUUCUAACACUUCUGCAAAAGUAGAAGGAGAAGAUGGAGAACAGGAGGAAAAUGAUAACGUUCACGAAUUCAUGAGCGAAGAUGAAUCUGAUGACGAUGCAGAUCGAAAAGAAGAAGAUGAAGAGGAGGAAGCUAUGGGGCGAGAGUUAGAAGCUCUGACGUCGGACAUAGACGUUAAGCAGCGUUUAAUUCAAGAAUUGGAAUUGUCGCAAAGAAGGCUGCAAACAAUGAAACAACACUACGAAGACAAAUUGAAUCAAUUGCAAGCACGUAUUAAAAAUACGACUGAAGAACGAGAUAAAGUACUGUCAUCUUUACAGCAACACCCUGCUCCGCCAACUGAGAAAGUUAAAAAAUUACGGGAUGAGUACGAGCGAAAAUUAUCGUCAAUGCAAAAAGAGAUGCGAUUACUUCAGUCAGCCAAAAAAGAACAUGCCCGAUUAUUACGCAGUCAAUCUCAAAGUGAGAACAGGCUUAGAGGAUUGAGAAAUGAGUUGGCAGAGAUGAAGAGAGCAAAAGUUAAGCUACUGAACAAGAUGAGAGAAGAGGCACAGAGGCAUAAGGAGAAUGAGUUGAGACGCAAUAGAGAGAUAGCUCAAUUGCGUAAAGAAAGUCGUAAAAAUGCGAAUAUGAUUAGGAAUUUAGAGGCAGAUAAAAAAAUGAAAGAAGUAGUAUUACGAAGAAAGCAGGAAGAGGUAACGGCACUCAGGAAACGAGAUAGAGGUUUGAGUCAGAAGGCAGCUGGUAGGACAGCACAAAAAGAGAAGAGUCCAAAGGCCCUUAAACAAAGGUGGCAAACGUUUGAAAGAACUAUUACAAAGCAGGCGUUGGCAAAGCAGGCUGCAGCUGAAACUGAAAGAGAAAUGGAAAGGCUUUUACAGGAGCGAGAAGAAUUAGGAAGGGAUUUGGAAAGGCUUCAAAAACGGAGAGCUGUUGCUGCUGCUGCAAAUGGUGACACCGCUGAUAUAGACGAAGAAAUUGAUAACGUUAAGAGUAAAAUAAGUUACCUACAGGACAGUAUAGCUGACUGUCAGCGUGAUAUGGUGGAAAUGGGUGAAGUAGAAGGCGAGAGUGAGCCAGGGGCUGAGGUUCUGCUUGCCACGAUCAAGUCAGUUGACGAAGCACGUUAUCUAUUAGAAAGAAUGCUGGCAUUUACUGUGGAACAAAGUUGUAUGGCCGCACAGAGGCAAUCAGAAGUCCGUGAUAUGGAAACUAGAUUGAACCAAGUUUCGCAGGAAAGUGAUGUGCAACAUCAACUACUUGAACAUGUGUUGAGAGAUCGAGAUUUACUUUCACUCACCAAUAACCAUCAAAAUAAUUCUUCUAUCUAUAGUCCCAAUAGUUCAAGAAGUUCUUCGCCAGACAACAAUGACAGCUACAACCAAGUAAUUUCUGGAACUGACGAUAAACAACAGAAAAGCAACAAAGUUCGACGGAGGACCACACAGCCACAGGAGCUACUUUAUGGCGUUGCAGUAGGUUCAGAUACGACGAAAGCGGAUGACGAUCAAAAUCAAAACCACAACCAUCCACUCACAAGGGUACCCAGCGCUCCUGGCAGUCUAAAGGGUUUGGUAUUGACUAGAAGUCAAUACGGAGUUGGAGUCAUUGGUGGCUCACCAACGUUAACUCGUCGUGAUAGUACCUCGCCAAGGCCUCUGCGACGACCCCUCCAUCCUGGGGGAGGCUCCAUGGAACAGGUUGGACUGACGGAUGUAUCAUCACCACCUGGAUCGCCGACUGCUUAUCGUCGAUUCAAUAGUCGAGAAGAAAAUGUAUUUUCAAGGCUGACUGCCAGUAGGCAGCCAUUGCCUUCUGACCCUCAACCUACUAGAGGAGUCAUUUCCCAAUAUCAGGGAAAAGCGCAACCCAGAGCAAUUUUGCAAUGUAGUCAUGUAGCAGAAGGACAUAGCAAGGCUGUUCUUACUAUUUGUGCUACUAAUGAUCGUCUUUUUAGCGGUUCCAAAGAUCGUACAGUGAAAGUUUGGGAUCUGGAAACUGGGCUGGAAAGUCUCACACUGAGUGGUCAUCCAAAUAAUGUUGUAGCGGUAAAAUAUUCUGUUGAACAUCGCCUGCUUUUUAGUAUAUCAGCAGCAUAUGUAAAAGUCUGGGAUUUACGAGCUGGAAACUCUUGUAUCAAAACGCUGUUUUCAUCCGGUCAAGCUCAGAGCGGCCCUUUGGCUCUAUCAACACCAUCUAGAACCCUUCAACUUCCUGUUGGGGAGACGACAAUAAAUGACGUGGCUCUAAGUCUUGACGAGAAAGAACUUUAUACGGCAACUAGUGAUAAAGUUAGAAUAUGGGACUUGCGCAAGUUAACUUACACUGGAAGACUGAGUACAGCUCACACUGCUGCAGUAAUGUGUUUGGCAGUGGCUUCUGAUGGCAGAGUAAUUACUGGUAGCAAAGACCACCUUAUAGCUCUCGUAGAGCCAAAUACUUCUGGGCAAUCUGUUAGCCUUGCACCGCCUCACUAUGAUGGUGUACAAUGCCUGGCUACAUAUGGCUCAACCUUAUUCUCUGGGUCCCGAGACAUGUGUAUUAAAAGAUGGGAUUUAGAAAGAAUGGAAUUAGUUCAAUCGCUCAACAAUGCUCACAAAGAUUGGGUUCUUGGAUUAUGUACAGUAAACCAUGGCUCGGUUCUAAUUUCUGGGUGUCGCGGUGGUUUAUUGAGAGCAUGGUCAGUUCCUCGAGAUCAAUCUGGAGAAUGCAGCCUUUUGGGAGAGGUUCGGGCUCAUAGUUCUGCGAUUAAUGCAGUUGUCACGAAUCAACAACACAUAUUCACGGCUAGCAAUGAUGGCUCCUUGAAACUAUGGCACUACUACAAGAGAGAUCAACGACAACGAAGCAACUCCUUGAGGCGCUGAAUCGAAUCUGCGCGUCAAUUGUAAAUUUUUAGCGAAUUUAUUUUAUAUUCUGUUCAUAGAUCACUAAAAUUAAAUUUAACUCAAUGUAGCAUACAUUUUAUAUUUCUUUGCGUUCCUUAUCAGUUAUGAAACAUAAUCUAAGUGUACUAUUUAAACUUACCAGCAGUAUUUUCUUAUUGAACACGUAUUCAACACUAUUUUAGAUGGCUUGUUGAACUGGAAUUAUACACUAAUAUGUAACUUCAAUGAAAGGAAAAUUAGAAAAUCUCGUUAUCUAUUAAGCCUAAUGCUACUCAGUAUGGAAUAAAGUUAUACAAACAUAGUAAAA